AUUCAGGAUGCAGCUGUUAAAUGAUCGCAUCGUCAGUUGUACAUAAACCCCCCCACGAGCUCAGAUGCGAAUGAAGUCCAGUAUACUCAGCCUCCGAAUCACAACUCACACCCGUCUCCGAUUACGAGGCUCCGUGAACAAUGCUGUCAUUUACAACAAAAGAUGUCGCCGGUUGGCUCAUGAACGUCGUGUCCGGUUCCGCCGCUGGGGUUCCUCUAAAGAGACUGGAGAACAUGGCCGAAGGAUCGAGCGAAAAGGAACCUACUCUCUCCUUUCUUGAAAAGAGGAAAUUUUUCUGCACCGAGAUUGAGAGACAGUAUUUGCGCCCAGAGCACUAUCCAAUCCUGCAUAAAACCUCGGUGGAAGAUCCCGCCGUCUUUUGGGGGACCGUCGCCCGCCUAUUGCUGUCCUUUGACAACGAUUUCCACACAGCUUACUCCGCCUCAUUCGCGCCGGGAGGAAGCCGUUGGUUUCUGGGUGGCUACCUCAAUGCGAGUUUCAACUGCGUUGACCGGCAUGCGCUGGAAAAUCCCGGACGUCUGGCGUUGCUAUCUGAAGCAGACGAGCCGGGCGCUCAGCGCCAAAUUACCUACGACGAAUUGCUAGAACGUGUCAGCAACUUUGCGUCUUUACUCCAAGCUUACGGCGCCAAGUGCGGUGACGUUAUCACUAUAUAUAUGCCGACCAUUCCGGAGAUCGUGAUUGCGAUGCUGGCAUGUGCGCGGAUAGGGGCGAUUCAUUCCGUUGUCUUCCUCGGGUUUUCGGCGCAGGCGCUCCGUCAGCGCCUGCAUGAUGCGCAGUCAAAGAUUGUUGUCACAGUCAACGAGGGGAAACGAGGUGGAAAGUCUAUUCCAGCGAAGCUCAUCGUGGACGAGGCGUUACAGGAGUGCCCGCUGGUCAGCUCCGUUAUUGUAUAUCGGCGGACAGAAUCAACCGUGCCGAUGCAACCACAGAGGGACCUGUGGUGGCACGAGGAGGUAAAGAAGUAUCCGAAAUAUAUGUCUCCAAGGCCGAUGGCCUCGGAAGAUCCUCUCUUCUUGCUGUAUACGUCUGGCUCCACGGGACAGCCCAAAGGACUAGUGCACAGCACCGCUGGGUAUCUCGUCGGUGCAGCCGCGACGGGAAGAUACACGUUCAACAUUAAGAAGAGCGAUCGAGUCUUCUGUACUGGCGACAUCGGAUGGGCUAUGGGCCACACGUACGCCGUAUAUAUGUCGCUUUCGCUGGGUGCAACGACUGUCCUUUUUGAAGGCACCCCCACAUACCCAUCGUGUUCCCGAUACUGGGAUAUAGUGAAGGAUUUCCACGUAACGCAUUUCUGCUCAGCGCCGACAGCACUCCGUCUUCUUGAAAGCGUGGGCGACGAGUAUGCGCCCGGCGACUUGACAACGCUGAAGGUCCUUGCUACCGCAGGGGAGCCUAUCGCGGCCGAAACGUGGAAAUGGUACCACGACGCCGUGGGAGAGGGACGGGCGAAUGUGAUUGAUACAUACUGGCAAACUGAAUCUGGCGGUCAUUUGAUCACCCCCCUGUCUGGUGUCACGACGACGAAACCAGGAAGCGCAUCUCUUCCUUUCUUAGGAAUUGACCCAGUCAUUCUGGACUUGGAAAGUGGAGACGAGGUUGUAGCACGCGGCGAGAAAGGGAUGCUAGCAAUCAGACGACCGUGGCCCAGCAUGGCGCGCACAAUCUGGAGAUCACAUCAGCGAUUCGAGGAUCUAUAUUUCGACAAGGUGACGGGCUACUAUAUCACAGGUGAUGAAGCAAGGAGAGACGAAGACGGCCACUACUGGAUCCAAGGCAGAGCAGACGAUGUGAUCAACGUCUCUGGCCAUCGAUUAUCAGCGACUGAGAUUGAGUCAUCUAUCCUCAGUAACGACUCUAUCGUCGAAUGCGCGGUCGUUGGCGUACCGGACCACAUCAAAGGAAGUUCAUUAGCUACGUUUGCCUCCGUGAAGCUAUGCGGUAGCGAUGUGGAAGGGCUGAAAAACGAAAUCAAAGCCAUGGUCAAAGCAAAGAUCGGAUCAUUUGCUGUUCCAGAGUUUGUGUUUAUCGUGUCUGAACUUCCUAAAACUCGAAGUGGAAAGAUCACGCGAAGGAUUCUGCGGUGUUUAGCAGCGGGGGAAUACAGUCAGGUUGGAGACACGUCCACACUCCAAAACCCCGAGGUCGUUCACCAGAUUGCGAACCACUUGAAGCAAAUACGUUGAUUCACAAAACAAGGCCCUCAAAAGGCCAGAGCCGAGUGGCAGACAGCACCCGCAGUCGGAUAUAGUUAAACAAAGAUGUAUAUGUAGAGAAUAUCAAGAUUUCACAACAGUA